CAAUGAAUAAAGCUUUACGCCUUUGAAAAAAUUGUAAAAAGUCAAUUAGGCCAUUAUGGCAUACCAAUAUCCUUAUAUCAAUUUACUGAAAAAACAGUCCAAAAAAAUCAAACAAAUUAUGUACCUAUUCCGUUGAACUACAAUGUGUUGUAUGCAUUUCCAAACAUGUUGCCAUGGGAAAGACGAAAAAAUGUUUUUAUUAUUGCAAUAUUUUUAUUUAGGCAAAAGUUAAAUGUAAAGCAAUUUUAAAACAUAAAUUUACACAAAAAUAUCUAAAGAAAAGAUUCAAAUUGUCACUAUGGAAAAUACCGACGAACAAGAAAUUCAAAUUAAUGAAUUUCUAAAAUUUUUAAAAACAUCUUGUCACGUAAACGAUUUGAUAAGAGAUUCAAAAGAAUCAACAGCAAAUUCUCAAUCAAUUGAUUUCGAUGAACUUGCUUCAAAUAAAAUUAUCAAAAAUCUUUAUGGAUUUAGUAAGAUUGUAACUUCGGAAAAUAUUCAAGAUACUCCUCCUCCAUCAUCGACAAUGGAUAUUCAAUUAGAAAAAUCAGUUAUAGAUUGUCGUACUAACGGCCGUGGCAGAGGUCUAUCGAUAAGUAAUGUCAGUAAGCAAAGAUCCAAUUUAAAAGGACCCAAUGGUGGUGGUGACUCUGAACAACAAAAACCUAAAGUUCAUCCCAAGCUUUCUGAAAAAUUGGACUAUCUUAUAAAUGAAGGAGUUUUGGAUUCAGUACUUCCAUUUGUUUGCCCUGUUGUCACUGCCAGAAAUCUUUGCCAUGGAGUCCAGAAAGGAAGUUCUAAAAUGAAAACGUUGGAAAAUAGUCCUACAAUGGCUACGGCCAUUGUUCUCUCGAAAUCUCUAUCAUCUGUAAAUAUUGAUGGUGAAGAUGGAUCAAAUGUAGAAGAGUCAAAAGAACCAGCUCCAUUAGCCCAGAUAGCAGAAGAAGCUGGGGUAUCUGUUCUGCAAAAAGAUACCAAAAUUAUGCCAAGACGAAAGUCUUCCACAUGUUCUCGUUCAAACUUAAGUUUUGAUAACAAAAAGCAGGACAUUGAAGUCGUAAUUCAUGUCUGUGACGAAAUAAAGAGCACAUCUCGGGAUUUCACCUGCCCACAAAAGCUUUUAGUUAGUAAAAUGGGUUACUUUACUGAUGUCACUGCUGGACAAAAGCUCGAAGACAUGGAUAUUUCUGUACAUUGCGAUAUUCAAAUAUUCGAAUGGCUUAUGAAAUGGAUUAAGAAAACUCCCGACCAACAAGAUUCACUGCCUCAAUUAGAUGCUACUAAUGUAGUUCCAAUUUUAGUUUCUGCCAGUUUUCUUCAAAUGGAACCUCUUCUUCUAGAUUGUUUGUCUUUUUGUCAUGCUCGUCUAAGUGAUGUUGUACGCUCAUCAACCAAUUUGUCAUGCUUAAACGAUUCGAUUAUAACUCGAUUAGCUGCUAUGUUUACAAAUUUAGAGCUAGAAGUUGUUAAAGAUAAAAAAGAACGUGUAACACCACGUCUAUGGACUAAGCUUAUUCAAAGCCUUACCGAGCCAGAGCCACAAGCUCUACGUGGACAUUAUUUUAGUUUAGCUGGGUUAUUUCGUUGCUCAAGGUGCUGCAAAUGUAUAACUCAGACUAUGAGCUCGUAUAUUAGUUGUGUACCAUCAAACAUUCGUCUUAAUCGAUGGGGACAGUUAGUCAGCCAACAUACUCGAGAUGCAGCUUGGGAUUUAUCCAAUUACAUAUCAUCGUUGUUCAAAGAAUUAAAGUCUUGGCGUAAAGUCUAUUGGAAGCUCUGGGGACACUGUCAUUUUCUUUAUUGUUGUAUUUGUGAAAGUCAUUUUCCUGUUUAUCAGAUGACUUGGUGUCGUUUUCAUCCGGACGGGGCUCAAUUUUUGGGACCAGUUACUGAAGGACGAGUUGCUGGUCCAGCGGGACGAUAUCCAUGUUGUGGUCAACAGGCAUUUCGAUAUGAAACACUACCUGGACCAAAUGGAUGUCAAUUUAGGGAGCACAGCGUUCUCAUAGAAAAUGAUCGAGACAGAGCUAUAUUGAAUUUAUUGCAAAUCGCAUCAGAAGGUGGCAAUCUUUUUGAAACUCCACCAACGAAGCUACGUGAAGAAGUUUCUAAUAAUUUAAUGGAACCAAGAUGGAUUGGUUUAUGUUUGAUGCCAACCAAAUGUAGACCUGGACUUUUGCCUAUACUCAGCACAGAAGAACAUAACACAAAAUUAUCGCGAAGACUACGUCUGGGUGCUUCGCAUUUUGCAGAAUCAAGUAGUGAAACUGACACAAGCAACACUCCGGAAAAAUCGAAACAAUUUGCACCACGAUAUUUUUCCACAAGCAGUGACGGUUGCGAAUCAGAGAGUAGCAGUUUGAAAAGAGUAUGCAGAAGAAGGACCAGAAGACAACCAGAGUUAUCCGGUAGAUUUUGGUCUGGUGAAUUAUCAGCAAGAAGCAAUCAGGAUCACCAGAGAGAGUUUGAGGAAAAAAUAAUGAAGCAAGUUGCUGCAGCAGUUGGUAAGAAGACCGGUAGCGAUAUCAAUACAACUCAGAAUAAUUCCACAAAUAGUGGAUCAUAUAUUCGCCUGGAAGCAGAAUGGAAAGAACAGUUAAAACAAAAGAAUACAAAUAAACAAAAAUUCAAAUAGAAUAAAUUAAAAUUGCAAAAACUAGCAAAUAUGUUAAACAAAAAAUUAAAAAUAUAGGGAGAAAUAUUUAGUUUUUAAAUAAAAUCAAAUAAUUUUUUUUUUUA